AUGUCGAAGCCUUGGGAAAACGUCCAAAGCACUCUCCGCAUCACUUCGUCACACCUCAACCUUGGGGUUGAUCACCACCGUUUUUUCCGCGACGUCCUGAUUCAAAUGACAGACUUGACAACUCGCAGUUUGCGAUCCUCACAAAUCCUCGAACAAGACGCGAAGGUGAUUCCACCAGAAGAAUAUCAAAAUUUGGUGAAUCAAACUGUUCAUUCGGUUAAAGAAUUGGGUGAGGUCGUCGAAAAAUUCACAAAAAUUAUUGAAAAUGAAUCGACUCAUCUAGUUCAUACGACCCUUAAAUUUAACGUUGCCAACAUUCUCUACACAUUAAAAGACUUGACAAAAUCUUUCAGUGGUCGCAUUGUAAUAUUAUCUUCCAAAGAAAUUACUUCAACGGUGCAGGCCUAUCUCAAAACAGCAUUUUCAAUUCUCAAAACACUCGACGACGACGUGACAGAAACGAUAUGUGACAACAUAACAACACUUUCAUCAAACAUCGCAAUAAUACUCUCAAACACCGACUCCUCUUCGUUCAUACCAGGUUCGGUUUUUGUUGCGUCACAGAUAACCAACAACGUUGGUCUUAUACUUCGUUCCCGUUGUCUUGGCUACUGCGAUGAUGUAGCGGAUGUUUUUGACUUUCUUGUGUCACGGUUGUGCACCGAGCCAACGCCUGCACUGCUGAAUAUAACCCAAAAUUUCCUCCUUAAAUGUCCUGAUCUAUUCCGCCUCGCUUCUCAUUUUGUCAAUCUCCCCAAUUUCCAAUUUUCCUCCGGUCCUCCCGCAAAAUCGCAUAUUCCAAACGUCACUUUCUCUUUACACGACGACGUCGUUUCGCGUGAUUUUGAGUUCCAAAAGAACAAAGAACUCGUGAAAGAAGAAUUUGUUACAGUCCCAUUCCAAGAAGCCGUAACAAAACUCAGCGACGUUUUUGCAAAAACGAAAGAGAUUGUGAACACAACAAGUAAUGACAUAGGAUUGAAUUUUGACGCAAUCUUCGAAAAAACAAAAAAAGUCCUUGAAAACGUCAAUAAAGAGACUUCAGACCGAACGUCUCAACAUCAGAACGACUCCCAAUCGGUCGACUUAAUCUGUGAACAACUGCUUGAAUUGUAA